AAUCGGCAUUUCAUUGGCGGAACACAGUAGCCGCCCGUAGAACUCCAAGUACCAUAUCUUCACCCGAACACCACAACUCCAUCGUCCCUUCUGCCUCUGUCCCAAGCCAUCAGAUUAGAGAGAUAGAGUGAGAAGAUUAACAGAGAACUAAUCAGGGUUUUGUUCGUCUGCGGAUCUUUUGGUGUUAGUGUUUACUGCACAUUGUAUUUCUGAGGCAAGACUCAUGUCCGCGCCAAAUGAGGAUAAUAUCUCUAAUCCGCAGUUGUCCUCUAACGUUUUCAAUGAGCUCCUUGAUUCUAUCAUUGUUGAUGUUGCAUCCGAGUGUCACCGAAUAGCUAAAUUAGGCCUUGAUUGUAAUUUAGAAGAAGAAGAGGAAGAACUGCGGUUGUCUGCCCAAGCUCGGGCAACAGUAGCCGAUCCUAGCAAUAGUAGUGAAACAAAUGGCAAAUACAUUGUAGAUAUAUUUGGGCAAACUCAUCCUCCUGUCGCAAAUGAGAUACUUGAAUGUAUGAACUGUAGCCGGUCUAUAGUGGCUGGACGGUUUGCUCCUCACUUGGAGAAAUGCAUGGGAAAGGGGAGGAAGACCCGUCUUAAGGCAACAAGAAGUAGCACUGCUCAGAACCGGUAUACACGAAGCAAUUCUGUUUCAACCUACUCACCUUAUUCAAAUUCCACCAGCACGAGCCGGUUACCAAAUGGAACUUCCGGUGUUGCAGGUAAUGAAUACUCAAAUGGCUCCUUAGAAGAGUUAUGAUGUGGCCUUGGAGGCCAAUGUAGGAGGCUGGUUCAUCUUCAGGUGAAGAAUUGAACUGAGAAGACUACUUGGGACUUCCCUUUGUUGUUUCAAAUCCUCCUUAUCUGUCGUGCAUUAGGGCGGCCGCAACGAGCACAGUAUGGCUCUGUCUGUAAAUAUAUGCAAGCAUGGUUUCCACAAACAACUGGUUUAGUGCGUGUUGGCUUUCACAAACCAGAGUUUAGUAGUUGAAUCUAACUUGCAACAUUGUAUCACAAAUGUCCUAACAAUUCUAGUUCAUGGUCAAUGCCUUUAUCAUCAGUUCUUUGGUUCUAUUCUAAAGACUAAUCCAACAUUCGACCUCA